AUGAUAAAAGACUCUAAUUUAUCAACAAAGUCAGUUUUUUUUGAUGAUGAAGAACUUUAAUGGGAAUCUAGUUUAACUAAAGAAUUUAGUAUAUCAUUAAAAGGACUCUUUCAUAUUUAUAAAGAAGAGAAGAGUCAUUAUAAACUUUUAGAAAUUUCUCUUAGUUAGCCUUAUCUAAUAAAAUAGUCUAGAAAAAAAGUAUAUUAAAAUUUAACGUUAGGGUUUAAAAGUUUUAGAUAUAACUAAUGCUAUUAUAGAGAAAGUGAAAAAUAAUAUAGUUGGAGAAGGAUUACUAGUUAAGAAAAAUAACUUAAAGUUUUAUAUGUAUGGUCAUAUAGAGAAAUGGUUAGAGUCAAUGUAAGAAAUGUGCAUUUAGAUUAACUUUCAUGAUGAAUUCUUUUUGUAUAGAUUAAUUUCUAAAAGUCAACAAUCUAAAGUAUCAUAUUUUUAAAUAUAUAGGUAUAUUUUGCAGAAGAUCGUAGUACAAAAAUUGAUUAUGCAAUAAAAGUAUUUGAAAAGAAUUAAUUUGAAUAAAAAAUUGGAGCAAAGGCUUUAUAAUAAGAAAUAGAGAUUCUAAGGCUAAUAAAAAAUGAACAUUUCAUCAAACUAUUAAAAACUUAUGAAGGAGAUUAAGCAGUUUAUUUAGUAUUUGAACAGUAAAAAGGUGGUGAUUUAUAGAGAUUUUUAAAAGAAAAUGAAAAUAUUUUAACAGAAAAAACAGCAUUUUAAGCUAUUAAAUAAUUAUUAUAGGGAAUAAGUCUAUUGCAUAAUCUUAAUUAUAUGCAUCGUGAUUUAAAACCAGAGAAUAUAUUACUAAAAAAUAAGGAUAAAUUAGAAGAUUUGAUAAUUAGUGAUUUAGGUUUGGCAGAAAAGGUGAAUAAUGAAAAAAAACAAUUAUUUACUCUUUGUGGCACUCCAGGAUAUGUGGCUCCAGAAGUCUUAAAGAAAUAACCAUAUAAUUAGAAAGUUGAUAUUUAUGGUAUUGGAAUAAUUCUGUAUACUUUGUUAACAGGAAAAAAUCCAUUUUAUUCAAUUAUAAAGGAUGAAAUUCUUGAAUUAAAUAUGAUAGGUAAUGUGAAUACAGAUAAAUUAAAUUGUUCAGAUUUGGGAAAAGAUUUAUUAAGAUAAUUAUUAUAAGUAUCUCCAAAUAGAAGACCUACUGCUUAAUAAGCACUUAGACAUAAAUAUUUUAGAAAUUAAUCUCCAUUACAAACAUUACAGAAAUAAAAUAUAAUUCUAUCUAAACCUAAAUUUGAUUCAAAUCAGAGUGAAUAAAUCUCUCCAUUAACGCCAAAUCUUAAUUUUGAUUAAUUUAAAACUCCUUUAGGUAAUAAUUAUUUUUAUAUUAAAGUUUAACCAUAAUACUUAAGAUAAGCCACUCCUAAAUUAAAUAUUUAAUAAAAACAUAAUGCAAACCUAAUGAAGAAAUUUAGAAAUGGUUUAUGA